AUGGCUUGUACUUGGGUUUGGAAAUAUUGGUUCACCCCUACAGUGCAUUGUCUUUCCUUUCUUCUGCUCCUUCUGGGGCCUCGUUUUGGAAACGCCAGUCCUAUCAGCUCCCCCGAGAGGCACCGAACGGCUCCGGGGCUAGACGAAGGCCGCGGAGGGGUCGUGGACCCCUCGUUUCUGGAGCAAGACGGUGAGGUGGAUAUGCAAAAUCUGCUAGAGACUGUGAGAGGACAGUUUCUCCGAACCUUCAACCUGUCGGGCCACAGGCUUUCGAUGCAGCCCGGUGCACACAGGGUGGAACCGCCAGAAUACAUGCUGGAGCUGUACAAUCGUUUUGCUAACGACAGAACGUCCAUGCCGUCUGCUAACAUCGUGCGGAGCUUCGAAAAUGAAGAGUCGUCUCCGAGCCUCGUGGGUCCCGACGGCGUGAGGCGACAUGCGCUCGUCUUUAACAUCUCCAUCCCGCACCAUGAGCGAGUCAUGGCCGCCGAGCUCCGUCUCUACACCCUGGUCCAGACCGACCGGCACCUGUAUGCUGGCGUCGACCGCAAGGUGACCGUUUACGAGGUUGUGCAGGGGAACGACAGCUGGCCGAGACAAGCAGAGGAGGAACCGGUGCAGCUAGCGGAGCUGGCAUCGCGGCAGGUAUACGGCACCGACAACGGGUGGGAGACUUUCGACAUGACUGCCGCCGUGCAACACUGGCGCAAUCUAGACUCCGACACCACCCACAAGCUGGAGGUUCACAUCGAGAGUCUGAACUCGCACAACAGCUCGGAGGUUGAAGGUCCCACGACAGACGGAAACAUGGAGAUUGAUACCGACCCGGGGGAGCGGCACAAACCUCUGAUUAUCGUAUUUUCCAAUGACCAGAGCACAGAUCACAGGGGGGAAAGACAGGAGUUAAGUGAAAUGAUCAAGCAUGAAGUGCCCAGCCCAGGUCUGAAUGACAACCUGGAGUUGGAACUCAUGGAUCUUUGGGGAGAGCUGGGGACUAUGGGGGGUGGAGAGCAGGACAAAAACGAAGAACCGGACGAAGCCGCCCUGCUCCAGAUGCGCUCCAACCUCAUCUACGACACGGCCUCGAGGAUUCGAAGGAAUGCCAAGGGCAACCAAUGCAAGAAGAGCUCGCUAUACGUCGACUUCAAGGACAUCGGUUGGGACUCUUGGAUCUUGGAGCCUCAGGGCUACGAGGCAUACGAAUGCACCGGGGUCUGUACCUACCCUCUGACCAAUCACGUCACUCCGACCAAACACGCCAUCGUGCAGACGCUCGUGAGCCUCAAAAGUCCGAAGACGGUCUCCAGAGCCUGCUGCGUCCCCACCAAGCUCGAUCCCAUCUCGCUCCUUUACCUGGACGAUUCGGGUGUGGUCACCUAUCAGUACAAGUACGAGGGCAUGGUGGUGGCCGAGUGUGGCUGCAGAUAGUCCUUAAGGAACGAGACGAGGGUUGUGAUGUGUGGUCAGAAACUCCAAAUAAAACGGAAAAUAGAAGUUGGAGGAGAACAAGCUAAUAUCAGGAUAUAAGGAGCUCCGAAGCCUAAGGUCUGUUAAGGUGAUAAACAGAAUCAAAAGACUUUGUGACUGAUACGAAGCUGCUUUAAUUGAUUUUCCAAAGGGACGAUAACAAACGAGGGAAAGUUUAAGUUCGGAAGCUAUUCUGAGAUUAUCUAACGCAUUGCAAGACUAAUUCCUUUAUAGACUUUGUUUCUAAAUGAAGACGACUAUAAUUCAAAGCAAUUUCUAAGAAAGAAUUCUUGCUUUUCUUAAGUUGCCUAUUCGACUUGCUAUGGAAAUGUCUUGUAUUUUGUCUCUCCCAAGGUUUAGAAAGGGUUAGAAAAGUUCUAAAUCCAUCUCAUUACAGCAAAACUCUGGUUUUAGAGGGCCGGUGAACUCCAAACAUUCAAGGGUCACGAAGCUGACCCCUGCAGAGGCGCAAGGCCUGUGAACACCGCCAGGAUCCAGUCUCUUCAGCAUCAUAUCAGCAUUCCCCUCUGCCCUGAGUCAAUACACAGCUUCCUAAAUUCGAUACGGGCCAUCCAAGGCAAAGCAACGUGGUUAUCAGAGAAGGAAGCGCAAUGAAACAAACCAGAACGAUGGAGAGCGAGAUAUUUUGCUGGUCGAUGAGAAAAACUCUUGAACAGUGUUUCAGGCUGGUGGUUCGCAUGAACACUGGACAUUCUACAGUAUUCUACAGGUUCUGGAUGACAGAACUGAACAUGUAACCUGUACUUGUACUUAAUGCAUACAUGGCCAGAUCAACCAAGGACCAUUCAUGUUUUUUUGUUUGUUUGUUUUGCUUUAAGCAAUUUCAAUCUAUUCAUUACCUCAGAACUUGCUUUUCUCUGUGUAAUUUUUAAAGAAUGCAGCACUUUGGACUAACACUGUACUAUCAGGCCCAUGAGAGAAGCAGGACAGCAGAUGGAGGAAGUUCCACGCUCUUCCCAAGAUCCAGUGCGCAUCAACCCGAAUCAAAAGGGGUGACGGUAGAUGGGAGGUGGCGGGGUGGAGGUCACAGAGUUAUCUUCGUCCUGUUGCUCCGCAUGGCGUGCGAGCUAAGCUCCCAUGACUCCGGCAGACAAUGAUAAGAAGGUGUCUGAGCUGAAAAACAUGCAAGUGGCCAUUCCAAGCAGCUAUGGAGGUGGCAGCAAUUCCACCGGUCCUAAACGUCGCUUCGAUUUCCUGACCCCAAUCUGGCGCGAUGAGGGGGAUUAUUAUUGUUUACGGCUCCUGUUUCCCAAUUUGUUUGUGUUACCUCUAUAUCUGGCUCAACCUCUGUUGUUCUUCAGGCUAACUUUUCCUGUGUUAGGGAAAGCAUUAGAUUCAGUUUUAGCUCUUACAUUUAGCUGUACAAAUCUAAAAACAUAAGACCUGAACAAUAAAACCAAAACUACAAAUUUUCCUUCAAUGUUAGAUGUCCAUACAGUAUAUAAAACGUUUCUCUAACAUCAUAGAGCAAAUCAUUAUAAUAUCACAUCUUCAGAACAUGCAUAUGCAGUGAUGUUAUGUUUGUAAAUUUAAGCUGUUCUUCUUUUCAAAAACUGAAUAAGUUAAUGACCGUUCUGAUAAUCUAGCUAAUAUCUAUCAUCUAUCAUUCAGGAUUGUUUUUAGAUAGUUCAGCCCAACGUUCUAACACAGGCAGUAUUAGAUUUCAAUUCUGGCUAGCUGAAUGUUUUGUCUAGUUACUACAUGUAGUGUACAUCUAUACAUCUUUUAAUGUAUGAUAUUCUGUGCUACUUGCUUUCGCUUUUUGCUAAUCAUGUUUAUUUCUUAAAAUGAACUUUUCCAGUAAAAGAGAGCUCAAAUCCCCUGAUUGAAACAGAUGAUUUCUUUUUUGCGACUAAGGUUAAGCUAUGAAAUGUAAUUUCAUACUGCUGCUUUAUAAAGA